CACUGCUGGCAGGAAUGGCGGCUAAGAUUACUAGAGGAAGGAGCCCAAAGACCAUGAAACUUUUCUUCUAACGGCCCCGCUGAGGAAUUUGUUUCCAGCGAAACGCAGAAACACCAUCCCAUAACGGAUUAAAGGGAGAAGAAGUGCUAUAACGUGAGAUAAACGCGGUAGUUGUCUAGGCUGUGGAGGUGGACGCACUUUGCCAUUUGCUAGUUAGCUAAACGUUAACUGCCACUGACUUUGAUUCAAGGUAGCUGUUAGCUAGCCAGCGGUUGGCUACUUGGCUUGGCUGGCCCAACAAGUUAACUAAGUGAUUAACUGUAUGAAAACAUUCCUUAUUUGAAUAUUUGAGUGGUGAUUAGCUGUCUUUGCCAACAGAUAGUAUUAGGGUGUUUUACAGAGAGUGGGCUCAGGCGACAACAAGUCGACAUAGCGCGUUGAGAACAUUAUUACUGCUAACCUAGCUAGUGCAAUAACGCUAGCUAAGUUUGAAGUCUCGCCCAUUUUUUGGAUCCUGCACCAGCUAUUGGCUAAGGGCUAAUCAACAGCCUAGUAGUCUGGUUAUCAGGGUCGAUUGGUGCUACGAUGGAAAGUCUAACGCUGACUGAUGUCGAGCAGAAAUAUUACUCGGAUUUGUUCGCUUACUGCGACACGGACAACACCAAAAAAGUGGCUUCCAAUGGCAGAGUUCUUGACCUUUUCAGGGCGGCCCAGCUACCCAGCGAAGUUAUCCUGCAGAUCACAGAGCUAUGUGGGGCCACUCGGCUGGGUCACUUCGGGCGGAGCCAGUUCUACAUUGCUCUGAAGCUUAUUGCCAUUGCCCAGUCCGGUCUGCCCCUGAGGGUGGAAAGCCUCAACUCGGUCAAAGACCUGCCGCUGCCCAGGUUUGUGGUGGGGAAGAAUGAGGCAGAGGCGAGGCAAGCAGCGCUGUACCAGGACACAGACGGGCAGGGCUUGUACCCAGCCUCUGCUGCCGCAGUAAUGCCCAGACCGCCAGGCAGGGGUCUCCAAAACAAGAAAGCUCCCCCAUCAUCCACAUCACUUCCUGCACACGAGGUCACCCAGCCCCUGGCACCCAGCACAGAACCACAGCCCGAACCGACGUCCCCAGUGGUCUCCCCUCACCAGUCUCCCCCCAACUCCCCUCAAUCGUGGAGGAAACACAAGCGACAGCCCAGUGGAGGAAACGCAGACAGGCAGCCUGCUGUGGCUCCAGCUGGAGCUGUGUGGACUCAGUUCAGAGAACCACAAGCAGGUCCAGUGCCAGGUGAUGGCAUGUGGCCGUCCCACUCGCCCCCGCCUCCGGGUCAGGAGAGUUGGGUCAGUUUCACAGCAGACACACCGCCAUCCAGCGCCAUCCCAGGAAUGCAUCCCUCGUCAGUCCAGGAAAGCACAACGAUACGAACGGUUGCCUCAGCAGCGACAACCAAUGAGAUCCAGCGACAGUCGAGCGGCUACGAUGACCCGUGGAAGAUCACGGACGAGCAGAGACAGUAUUAUAUUAACCAGUUCAAAACCAUCCAGCCAGACCUCAACGGCUUCAUACCUGGUUCAGCUGCAAAAGAGUUCUUCACCAAAUCAAAACUACCAAUUUUAGAGUUGUCACAUAUUUGGGAGCUGUCAGACUUCGAUAAAGACGGAGCACUGACCCUGGACGAGUUCUGCGCCGCGUUUCACCUGGUGGUGGCCAAAAAUGGCUAUGACCUCCCGGAGAAGCUGCCUGAGAGCCUGAUGCCAAAGCUGAUUGACCUGGAUGACUCAGCAGAGGCCCCGGACCAGACGGCAGACGUUGGAUACUCGGGCUCCCCGGGCUCCCCGGUGGAGGUCACCCCCAGCAAGUCUCCCUCCAUGCCUUCACUCAACCAGGCCUGGCCGGAGAUGAACCAGAGCAGCGAGCAGUGGGAGACGUUUAGCGAGCGCUCCUCCAGCUCACAAACUCUGACCCAAUUUGACUCUAACAUUGCACCAGCUGACCCUGACACGGCCAUCGUCCACCCAGUCCCCAUCCGGAUGACGCCCAGUAAGAUCCACAUGCAGGAGAUGGAGCUGAAGAGGACUGGCAGCGACCACAACCACCCGACUAGUCCACUGCUGGCUAAACCCCCCGAACUGUCCGAAGAAGCCAAUUUACCCACCUCCUUGAAGUUUGUAGCCGCCAACACUGUAGUCUUCCAUGAAGGUGAUGGGUACAGCAGUUCAGACUCCUUCACCUCAGACCAGGAGCCAAUCACAAGACAAAGGUCUCAGUCGGGAACGUCUCCAGAGACUCUGCAGGUAGUAGCCCCCCCUCCACCUCCUCCCCGCCCACACGCCUCUCACUCUCGCUCCUCGUCUCUUGACAUGAACCGCACCUUCGCUGCCACAACUGCUGCAGGACAACCACAAUCCUCUACGAUAGCUUACCCGCCCGCUGUGCCUCCUCGACCGCUACCCACACAGACUUCAGUACCACACGCCGGGCUUCGUGCGGAGGCUGAGGGUGCACCAGGUGGCGCUGCGGCGCUCACCACCACCUCCCCCCAACAGAUUCCCCAGCAGCCCAAUUUCGCUGACUUCAGUCAGUUUCAGGCCUUUGCUGCAACUGAACAGCCUUCCAGCCUGCCGGAGGUCGAUGUACACAGUGAGCCUGGACAGGUGGAGAAGCCAUCAGAGGGAGCCGGCCCUUUAAGAACAGUCAAGAGUGACGGCCAAGCAGAUGAGAGAGCCUCAGCUACUGUCAUCGCCGCCAAAGGUUCUGGUUCUGGCUCCGGUUCUGGUUCUGGUUCCGGUCCACUAGGGCCUCCUCCAAAACCUGUGCGCCGAAGGUUGAAAUCUGAAGACGAGCUGCGACCGGAGGACGAGCAACACGGUCCGCAGAAAUCAAGCAUCAUAGCUGCCGUCCUGGCCACGCAGCCCUCCAUCCCCAGGUCGGUAGGAAAGGACAAAAAGGCGAUUCAAGCUUCAAUCAGAAGAAACAAGGAGACGAACACAGUGUUGGCACGACUUAACAGUGAACUGCAGCAACAGCUGAAGGACCUGCUUGAAGAGAGGAUAUCCCUGGAAGUCCAGCUGGAGCAGCUCAGACCUUUCUCUCAUCUUUAACCGACGCGAGGAGGAAAACUCUGCUGUAGUUUAUCCGAAGCGUCGCUGUGGCCCUCGGUGUGACUCCCCCUCCAUCCCUCCCGCCUCCUUCCAUCAUCUCGGCUUUCCCUGGAGGCUGCGUUAAACUACUACGCUCAAUCACACACUUAUUAAUCACGAAUCGGAAGGACCUGAGAGCACAGUUUUACCAAGAGGAGGAGGAGGUGUGUGUGUGUGUGUGUGUGUGUGUGUGUGUGGGGGGGGGGAUUUUACAAACUGGCAAAUUUCUCAAAAGAGAGGAGAACAUGAGGACGACAGCGGACUGAGAGACGGUUAGGAGUGGCUGACCAGACGCUCCAACUGCGAGUGCCGUGUGAUUACUUUACUCUCUGAAUGACUGAAGUAGAAAGGCAGCGUGUGUGUGUGUGUGUGACUGUUUGUGUAUUUGUGUUCCUGUUUAGUGACUUACUUGAAGCUCGCACCAUUAUGUUCAUUCUGUCUUGGGGUACAGACUCUGCCACACCAAACUCCAUUAGAAAUCAGGCAAAUUUAAAGAAGCAGUUUAGUAUUUUUUGGGAAAUAUGCUUAGAGUUCGCUGAGAAGAUCCAUAUCAUGUGCGUCGACGAGACGAUAUCAUCGAAGACAGUCGGCCUACUGAACAUUUGCCUUCCGAAUGUCACCAUUUUAAAAUAAUCUGUUGACGUGCUACUACAUGUUGGAGGCUUUCAAAACAUGAGUCUACACCAGGAAUCUGUGUCUGCCAGUGAGGAACGUACAAUUAGCUGUUUAUUGACUGGAGUUUGGUGUGGUUGGUCUUCAUGAAAACAUACUGUGCUACUUCUGGACAGGACUUUGUGUAUAUUUGUUUUUGUGAAGCCAUUAAUGGCUAAAUCAUCACGGUGAAGGCUUUUUUUUUUUUUUUUUGUUCAACUCAGCCCACCUCUCUCUUCUUACUGCCCCUUGAAUCUACAUAUGUGUGUGUCUGUGUUCAUGGCAUGAUGCGGUGAAUGAAUGUCUUUUUCUUAUGUUACACAGUGUUUGGGAUUUAAUGUGACUGAAUGGGUUUAAACUUUAUGCCAAAUGACUGAACUAUCACUCUGCUCUCUCACCUCCUAGUUGGGCUGUGUUUUUAAAACUGAGAUGCGACCUCUUUUCUUUCCUACAGGUUUAAGUUUUGAGUUGUUUUCAAACAUAGCUGUGAGUCAACAUCCUUAGCUUUCUUUUUAAACCUCUUUACACCUGGUUGCUGCGGUUGUUUCCCGUCUUUAACCUUCACCUGGAUGGGAAUCUCUUUAGUUUAAACAGACGUUCACUAGGAAGGAUUUGAAGAUUUUCCAGCUGCUUCACCGCAGGAGGCAAAAUUUAUGAAGAAUUGUUCUUGUGAUCAGCAAACACUCGUGCACAAUCGGGCAGUCGGCACUAUGCAAGUACGGGCGCUACAUCCUCACAGAACUAUACGUGUUUGUACUGUGAUAGUAGCAUCUGUGUGAGCAGUAUUCUCUGGUUUUUGUAUCUUAGAUCUUCCAGAACAUCUACUGUAUGUUUGUGAUUCAAUUUGCCUUUUUUGUUUUUUUUUGGGGUUCUCCCGGCUCCAGAGGGAAGUCCAGUUCAGUGUUUUAUCAGGGCACUUUCUCCCUAAAUGUACAAGAUGUGACCGUGGCUGGGUGUAGGUGAACCUUACUACAGACGGAGACCAGUCAACAGACCAGGAGACCUGAAUGACCCAACUGCACUUUGACCUUAAAUCCCCCCCCCCCCUCCCUCCCCCCAGCAUCCUUUCUUAGUAUGUUUUACUUUGUUACAUCCUUCUCCCGCUGUCUUUUAACAUUUGCAUGUCGUCUUUCACGCGUAUUUAAAAAAAGAAGAUGCUUUAAGAAGAAAAUAAUUAAACCACUCGAGUUUUAUUUCUUCAGUACAACUCUUUGUGCCAGUACCCGAAAUUAUCCCGUCUUGUUUGGUUAAUUAUUUUUUAUAAAUGUUUUGUCCCCGGAGCUUCCUGUGUGUCCGCGAAGAAUCUGUGUUCUUAAAAAGCCUUACUCCCCGACUGGCGUUCAGGUUUCCACUGUGGCUGACUGACCUCUCUUCCUUGUUGUAUCAAGGCUCGCCUUCUUUUUUCUGCUGUUGAGGACGAUGAUGUUCUUGGUGUGUGCGUGUGCGUGUGCGUGCGUGUGCGUGUGUGUGUGUGUGUGUGUUAUAUUGUUUCCAGACCUGGAACUAUACCAUUGAAAACCCUAUUAAAAAACCUCUUCAUGGGAUUGAUUUAUGUUUGCUAGCUAAACGGCUCCCCAUUCAACCUUUUAAACCCAAAAGGCAAAAGCAGGCAGGCAGAAGCGAUCAAGUAUUUGAUGGGAUUUUAAAUGCUAUUUGCUCCCAGAUCUGUGUUGUAUAUUGUAUAUGAUACACACUUUUGGACUCAUAUGUACAUUUGCAUUAAUUGCUGACUAACAGCGAAAGAAUAUUCUAUUUAAUUCCUUCUCUCUUGGCUGUGGGAUCCUAGAUGUUUAACUGCAUGGAUGUACUGUAUCUCUGCAGAGUCGACUAGCAGCUGUGUGAUUUUUACACAAAAAUAAAAACGGCACAAUAUUUUAA